AGGGGGAGAUGUGCGGGCUCAUUUAAAGCAGAAUAAGAGCAACCAAAAUGGAGUUACAAUAAAGUGGUUAACUGGUGCAGAAUUACAAUUAAAAGCGUAGGUGAGUAAAAUUAUGAGAUGUUAUGAGUAUAAUGAGUUGUUAAGUGUGCAGCCUGAAGCAGGCCAGAGGCCCGGCCUGAUCUGCUCUCCUUCCCGUCCUCACCAACAGCUUGACUCCCAUCUCCACAGUAAAUGACAAGUCUAUUUUGGAAAGGAGGCUGCGCCAAAAUAGGCACGUCAGCUAUUUGGCAUCAUGAGCUACUGGAGAAGAAAGAAAAAAGUAAGGCUAUAGUCCACCGCCCACCGCAGGAGACUGGGGGGAUGUUCCACCAUCCUGGAUUUACAACCAUUUCAAGGAUAUUUGAGUACAAAGAAGACAUUUUUUUGGUGGGAUUUCUACACGCUGACAUUGCAGUGGGCCAUCAUCCGGAAACCGUUGACGGCCAACUGACGUUUUAGCCCACAUGAUUCAACGCCCGUUUUACCUGAGUGGCUAAAGACUCAAGGAAGGAACAAUGGAUCCAAACUUGUUUGGAGGAGUCCCCAGGUUUCUCACCCGCCCGAAGGCUUUCUCAGUGUGUGUAGGCAAGGAUGCCACACUGAGCUGCACUGUCGUGGGCAGCCCGACCCCACUGAUCACCUGGGAAAAGGAGAAGCUGAAGUUGACAUCUGGUGGCCGCUUCAAGACCGUGGAGGAUGGAGAUGUAUACCGCCUGACCAUCUAUGACUUAACACUGGAGGACAGUGGGCAGUACAUGUGCCGGGCCAAAAACAAUGUUGGGGAAGCUUACGCUGCUGUAACCCUUAAAGUGGCUCUGCCAACAGAGAUGGCUCAGAGGGCCCCUGUUUUCCUGGUUAAGCCUACCUCCACACGUGUAGGUUUGGGUGGCGACGUUGUUUUCUUCUGCCGGGUCGCAGCGUACCCUGAAGCCAACUUUGAUUGGGAAAAAGAUGGGCGCUACUUGGGGGAGACUAACCGUAUCAAGAUUGUUUCUGACAGUGAGAGCAGCACCUUAAAAAUCCAAAGUGUACGUAAUCUGGACAGUGGCACCUACGCCUGCAGGGCCCAGAAUACUGUCGGCCGUGCACACACUGCGGCAGCUCUUGUUGUAGACGCCCAGGAUUCCCGCCACUUGACUGCAGACAAGAACACCUCCCUUCUUUCUCAUCUACAAAAGCGCAAAGAGGAAAUGAAGAAGGACAUUUCUAUCUAUCGCACCGAACAAAGCAACUCCUCUGUUUCUUCCUCCUCCUCCACAGUCAACAUCAGAGAUGGUUUGAGUGCUCUGAGCCUGGAACAUGAGCUGAGGGCAUCUGCGCUGGCAAAGCUGCCCAAAGGCGUGUUCACCCGUACCUGCACGGUGACUGAAGGCAAACAUGCCAAACUCAGCUGCUUUGUGACGGGUCACCCUAAACCCCACAUUAUGUGGAGAAAGGAUGGAACAAACAUCGGCGAGGGCCGCAGGCAUGUCAUUUAUGAGGACCAAGCUGAGAACUUCAUCCUCAAGAUUCUGUACUGCAAGCAAAGUGAUAAUGGCCUCUACACCUGCAAUGCAACCAAUAUGGCUGGGCAGACCUACAGUGCUGUGUUGGUAACAGUUAAAGAACCCAAGGUGCCAUUCAGGAGGAAGCUGCAGGAUGUGGAGGUACAAGAGAAAACGUCAGCCACACUGCUGUGUGAGGUGCCCCUUAGUGCCACCCAAACCAACUGGUUCAUGGAGGAAACGCGGCUGGAGCAAAGUACCAAAUAUCACAUGCAGCAGGAAGGCACCUUGCGUUGUCUCACCAUACACAAUGUCACCACCAACGAUGAUGGUGUUUACAUCUGUGAGAUGAAUGAGGGCAGUCGAACUGUGGCUGAGCUCACCGUCCUGGGCAACAUUACUAAGAAGCUUCCUCGGAGGACAGUGGUUCCUGUCAGUGACACUGUCAUUUUCUGUGUGGAGCUGGAGCAUCCCUACCCAGACGCCUACUGGACCCGCAAUGGAGAGAAGCUGAAGGAAGAUUCCCGUAUUUCCAUUGCCUGUUUGCUCAGACAGUACACACUCACAGUUAGAGAUUGCCGGGCUGAUGACUCAGGAGAAGUGGCCUUUGUGGCUGGAGACUGCAAGACUUCAACUCGAUUUUCUGUCACUGCUGCAAGGAAACAUCCUCCUGAUCCCCCAGUCGAUGCUGUGGUGCAGAACAAGACUGACUCAUCUAUCACUAUUCAGUGGUCUCCACCUGACAGCGACCGCCCUGUGCCCAUCAAGGGCUACUGUGUGGAGAGGAGGAAAGUUGGCACUCAGACAUGGCAGAGGUGCAAUGCUGGAGAAACCAUCGUGUCAACAGAGAUCACCAUCAGUAACUUCAUCGAAGAAGCCAGCUACCAAUUCCGCAUCUCUGCAAUGAACGACUUUGGCCAGAGUUCCUACCUAGAGGUGCCGGGAAGCUUCUACUUGGAACCCGUUGCUGAAAUCAGGAAAGGCCUGGUGAACAGCGCUGCAAUCUCUGGUGAAGAGUUCUCGAUCUCUGUGGAGCUGUCUGCUGUUUGUUCUGGUUUCUGGUCUCUAAAUGGCCGCCUCCUACGCAGCGGAGCCGACUACCUCAUCACCAGGACUAAGAACGUACACACUCUGGUCAUCCGCCUUGUGACCAUAGAGAUGAACGGGGCUGAAGUCAAAUUUGUGGGCGGAGGCUCACAAAGCAGUUGCAUCCUGUCUGUGAAGGCCCCUCCUAUUAGGUUCACCAACAAGUCAGAUGUGCCGGGGGUUGUGACCUGCAGUGCCCAAGCCACUGCUCAGCUGGCUGCCGAGGUGUCAGAUUAUGAUGCACAGGUGGUUUGGAUGAGGAAUGGUCGGGAGGUGAAAAUGGGAAAGAAGUAUGAAUGUGUGAUUGUUGAUCGCAAGAGGAUCCUGAUGGUGCACAAUGUUACUGAAGAAGAUGUGGGCAUCUAUGAGUGUGUUUUAGCUGAUGACAAAAUGUCUCUGCAACUCACUCUUAAAGAUGAACCUGCCAAGUUUCUGAACAAAGCUAGAGGUCCUAUGGGAUUGUCAUCGUCCCUUAAAGGAGAUCUUGAGCUGAGCUGUGAGGUGUCUCCUGCCAGUGCUACUGUUGUCUGGAGAAAAGAUCAAGUGGAGAUCACUGAGGACCAAAGAACUACCUUCAUCUCCAAAGGAACUCAAAGGAAGCUCAUCAUCAAAAAUGCCAAGAAAUGUGAUGAAGGGCAAUACUCCUGUGAGACAGCGACAGACAAAGUCACAUUCCAGGUCAAGAUUAAAGAAACUCAAGCUGUAGCUGCCUUCUCCAAUAAAGAGUCAGUCCAGAAGGAGGUGAAAGCUACUCUCUCCCAGAAAGCCACUCUUAGUUGCAAUGUUUCGGACAGCAAGACGGAGGUGAAGUGGUAUAAAGAUGGCAAGUUGUUGGUAUCCAGUAGGAUGAUAUACACAGAAGCAAGAGGCAGUACUCGUCAGCUGGUGAUUGAAAAGGCGGAGAAGAGUGAUGCUGGAGAAUAUACAUGCGAAGCUGGAGGAGACAAGCUGACCUUCAAAAUAUUUGUGUCAGCCUCAGAGGUUCAGUCAGCUUUCUUCAACAAGGAGUCUGUCCAGAAGGAGGUGAAAGCCACUCUUGCCCAGAAAGCCACUCUUUGCUGUGAGGUAGCUGAUUCCAAGACAGAGGUGAGAUGGUACAAGGAUGCCAAGCUGCUGACGUCCAGCAAGACAAUCCAUACUGAGUCAAAGGGCAAGAGUCGACAGCUGGUGAUCGAUAGUGUAGAGAAGAAGGAUGCUGGAGAGUACAUCUGUGAGGCUGGGACUGAGAAGCUGGCUUUUAAGAUACAUGUGGCAGAACCCCAGUCAGCCUUCUUCAACAAGGAAUCAGUCCAGAAGGAGAUAAAAGCCACUGUCUCCCAGAAAGCCACUCUGAGCUGUGAGGUAGCUGAUUCCAAGACAGAGGUGAGAUGGUACAAGGAUGGCAAGCUGCUGACUUCCAGCAAGACAAUCCAUACUGAGUCGAAGGGCAAGAGUCGGCAGCUGGUGAUCGAUAGUGUGGAGCGGAAGGAUGCUGGAGAGUACAUCUGUGAGGCUGGGACUGAGAAGCUGGUCUUCAAACUGCAGCUGGCAGACAAACAGGUCCAGUCUGCAUUUUUGAAUAAGGAGUCUGUUCAGAAGGAGGUUAAGGUCACUCUCUCCCAGAAAGCCUCCUUGAUCUGUGAAGUAGCUGAUAUGAAGACAGAGGUGAAAUGGUACAAAGAUGGCAAACUGUUGACCACCAGCAAGACAAUACAUGCAGAGUCAAAGGGCAAGAGUCGCCAGCUGGUGAUAGACAGUGUGGAGAAGAAAGAUGCUGGAGAGUACGUGUGCGAGGCCGGGGCUGAGAAGCUGGUCUUUAAAAUACAUGUGGAAGUUACUUCUGCAGAAGUCCAGGCUAAAUCAGCUUUCCUCAACAAAGAGUCUGUCCAGAAGGAAGUAAAAGCUAGUCUCUCGCAGAAAGCCACCCUGAGCUGUGAGGUAGCUGAUAACAAGACAGAGGUGAAAUGGUACAAGGAUGGCAAACAGUUGAGUCCCAGCAAAGUGAUUCACAUGGAAUCAAAAGGGAAGAUUCGUGAACUGGUGAUUGACAGCAUAGAGAAGAAAGAUGCUGGAGAAUACGGCUGUCAAGUUGGAACUGAAAAACUGGCCUUUAAAGUACAGGUGACAGAGAUCCAGCUCAAGCCAGUCUUCUCCAACAAGGAGUCUGUCCAGAAGGAGGUGAAACCCACUGUCUCCCAGAAAGCCACUCUGAGCUGUGAGGUAGCCGAUUCCAAGACAGAGGUGAAAUGGUACAAGGAUGGCAAGCUGCUGACGUCCAGCAAGACAAUCCGUACUGAGUCGAAGGGCAAGAGUCGGCAGCUGGUGAUUGAUAGCGUGGAGAGGAAGGAUGCUGGAGAGUACAUCUGUGAGGCUGGGACUGAGAAGCUGGCCUUUAAGAUACAUGUGGCAGAGGCCCCAGCUGGCUUCUCUAACAAGGAGUCUGUUCAGAAGGAGGUGAAAGCUACUCUCUCGCAAAAAGCUACCCUGAGCUGCGAAGUUUCUGAUUCCAAGACAGAGGUGAAAUGGUACAAGGAUGGCAAGCUGCUGACGUCCAGCAAAACAGUCCACAUGGAGUCAAAGGGCAAGAAUCGCGAGCUGGUGAUAGAAAAAAUGGAGAAAAAAGAUGCUGGAGAAUACACAUGUGAGGCUGGAUCAGAGAAGCUGCUAUUUAAAUUGCAGAUAACAGAUGAAGCUGUCAAGUUUCGGAAGAAGCUUGUCAGCGAUACAUGUGUUGUUCAAGCAGGUGAAAACAUUGUUUUGACCACUGAGCUGACCACAGGCAGUGGUAGUGUGAAGUGGUUUAGAGAUGGUGUGGAGCUCAAGGAGGGCAGCAAGUAUGAACUGAGAAAAGAUGGAUUUUCUCGUACACUGGUAGUAAAAUCCACCGAAACGAAAGACAGUGGCUCAUACUCCUGUCAAACUGCUGAUGACAAACUGGAAUUCAAAGUACAAGUUAAAGAUUCAUCUUUGAAGUUUAUUGUCCCUUUGAAACCUGCCACAGUGGAUUUGGGAGGUACACUUAGCCUUGUGUGUGAGCUUAAUCAAGCCUCAGGGGAUGUUGUCUGGCAGCAUGAUGGUCGUGAGAUAAAACCUGGAGGAAGGUACUGUGUCAGGACAGAUGGUCCUCGGCGGGUUCUCACUGUGACUGGCAUGAAUAAAGAAGAUGAAGGAGAUUACAGCUGUGAAUGUAAAAAUGACAAGACCUCUGCCAAAGUUUCCUCAAAAGCACCCAGAGUAGUGCGGCUGACCACCAAACUGAACAAUGUGGCUGCAAUGGAGGGAAAAGAUGCCAUAUUUAAAUGUGCUGUCACCCCAGCAGACGUCACUGUGAGAUGGUUCCACAACAGUAUACCGAUCACUGUUGGGCCCAAGUAUAAGAUUGAACACGGUGGCAACAGUCACUCAGUCACCAUCACCUCUGUCACCCAAAAAGAUGCUGGAGAGAUUAGUAUUGACGCAGAAGGCAAAAGCUGCAAAGCUACCCUACAAGUGCAACAUGAGCCUGUGACAUUUAAGAAAAAGCUAGAAAACCUGACAGUGGAGGAGCAGAGUGAAGUGAAAAUGGAGGUGGAGCUCAGUAAGCCAUCAGAUGAAGUCAAGUGGAUGAAGAACAGUGUAGUGCUGCAGCCUGCAGGAAACAUGGAGAUUCGGGUAGAUGGAGCUAAGCAGGCUCUGGUCUUCAAGAGUGUGACCAAUGCUGACCGAGGCAUCUACUCUUGUGAAACUUUGGAUGACAAAACCCAGGCCAAACUCACUGUAGAGAUGAAGAAGAUCCAGGUAAUAAAGGGCCUAACAGAAACCAAGGCACAUGAGACUGAGACAGUAACUCUUGAGGUAGAGCUCAGUCAAGCUGAUGUUGAAGGCUCCUGGACCAGGGAUGGGGCCAAGUUAAAGUCAGGGGCAAACUGUCGUAUCACAGCUCUGGGAAAGAAGCAUGCCCUAACAUUGUCCAAUCUCAAAAGGGAGGAUGCAGGAACUAUUGUCUUCCAAGCAGAAGGAGUGCAUGUUUCUGGCAAACUUAUUGUCACAGAGCCUCCUGCCAUGAUCUCCAAACCCAUUAUGGAUAUCAGUGUUCCAGAGAAGGAGAAGGUUACUUUUGAAUGUGAAGUGUCCAGAAGCAAUGCAGAUGUUAAAUGGUUCAAGGAUGAUGUGGAACUGAAACCAGGAAAGAACUUUGGUAUCCAUUCCUUGGGACGAAAGCGCUCCUUGGUCAUUAACAAAUGCACCCCUGAAGAUGCAGGCACUUACAUCUGUCGCACCACUGAUGAUAACACCUCUGCCAAGCUCACCGUUCAUGCCAGAGAUAUUAAGAUUGUGAAGAAGCUUGAGGAUUUGGAGGUGAUGGAAAAGGAGAGUGCUGCAUUUGUUUGCGAAAUCUCCCACGAUGAAGUGGACUGCCAGUGGUAUAAAGGAAAUACCAAACUCAAAGUUGGUGACAACAUAAAGAUGAGACAAGAGGGCAGAACGUAUGUACUGCUGUUUAAGUCUGUCACCCCAGACGAUAUGGGUGAGAUUAAAUUCACAGCUGAAAAGGCCUCUUCAACUGCAAAGCUGAAAGUGAAAGAGCUGCCAGUCAAGUUUGUGAAGAGACUCAGGGAUAAGAUAGCGAUGUACAAGCAUCGUGGUCAUCUUGAAUGCCAAGUGUCACGGGCCAAUGCAAAGGUAAAGUGGUACAAGAACAAGACGGAGAUCAAACCCAGCAAGAAGUACGAGAUCAAAAGUGAAGAUGUGUAUCGAAAACUGACCAUCAACGACGUGGACGAGGGUGACGAAGACACAUAUACCUGUGAUGCCGCUGAUGAUAAGACUUCCUGUAAACUACUUGUGGAAGAGCAGUCCAUCAGCAUUGUGCGGGAGCUUAGUUCAGUCGAAGUGACUGAACCCUUUGCAGCUGUUUUUGAAGUUGAAAUCAGUAUGGAACUGGUGAAACCUCCUACAUGGACUCUGAAUGGAGUUGCUGUGCAGGAGAGCGCUGAUGUUGAAAUGGAGAAAGAGGGCACUAUGCACCGUCUCACAUUCAAAAAGACCAAAGCAUCAAUGACAGGAACUGUGCAGUUUACAGCAGGGAAGAGCAAAUCUGCAGCCCAGCUCACGGUCAAAGAGCGUCCGCUUGAGAUUGCAGAGCCCAUCAAAGAUGUGAAGGCGAAGGAGAAAAGCUCAGCCAUCCUCACCUGUAAAUUUUCUGCCACUCCCAAAGAGGUUAAAUGGUUUAAAGGUCAGGUACCUCUGACAGCAUCAGAUAAAUAUAACAUGAAGCAAGAUGCUACAAGGGCUCAACUUACCAUUCAAAAGUUGACUGAGGAAGACAGCGGAGAGUACAGCUGUCAAUCUGGACCCGCUAAGACUAAAGGCACACUUACUGUGGAAGUGCGUGAAGUUAAGGUCACCAAGCACUUGGCUGACAUGGAGGUUGACGAAGACAGCGAUGCCGUGUUCACAGUUGAGAUUAACUAUGCAGAUGAAGAGGCACAGUGGCUUCUGAAUGACAAGGUGCUCUUCACGAAUGAAGUCAACACCAUCAUUCAUGAAGGGAAGGUUCACAAGCUCACACUGAAGAACCUGGCACCUCAGGAUGGGGGGACUAUCACUUUUCAAGUCCGCAAGGUGAAAGAGUCUGUAACACUUAAGGUUAAAGAGAAACGUGCCGUGUUCCUCAAGUCUCUAGAUGAUGUCAUUGGAGAGGAGAGGGGCAUGAUAACUCUGGCGUGUGAGGCAUCUAAGCCCAGAGUUUCUCCCACAUGGAGAAAAGAAGGUAAAGUCUUGAAGGCUGGACCAAAGUAUGAACUCCUGCACACAGGCAAGUCUUUGGGGCUGAUCAUCAAGGAUGUCACCAAAGAAGAUGCUGGAGACUACAGUUGUGAUCUUGGAACUGAGGUUUCUAAAGCGAAGGUCACUGUAAGAGAGAUUGGCAUUGGGAUAACCAAAUGGCUGAAAUCAGCUGAAGUGAAUGAAGGAGAGGCUUGUAGCUUUGAGUGCAUCUUGUCUCGUGAGAGCACAGAUGAGUGUUCCUGGACCCUUAAUGACCAAACUAUUAUAAAUGGAGGCCGUUUUAAAAUCACCAGUAAAGGACGCAAAUAUAUGCUGACCAUUAAAGACGUCACUCCUGCUGAUGCUGGAGAGGUGGUCUUCAACAUUAAAGACCUGAGCUCCAAAGCAACAUUAACAGUUGAAGGCAAAGCUUCAUCUGUGUCGAAAGGACUGCAGAAUGUUAGUGCUGUUCAAGGAGAAGAUGCUGUGUUUACCUGUGAAGUAACACAGGCUAGUUCCACCGUAAAGUGGACCAAGGGAGGCCAAGCCAUCAGAAAAAGCCAGAAGUAUGACAUUACCCAAGAGGAGAAGAUCAUGAAGCUGACCAUCCAUGAUGUUUCUGCUCAGGACUCUGGAGAGUACAGCUGUGAAGUUGUUGGAGGUGCAACCACCAAAGCCAAGCUGGAAAUCAAGGAACCUAUCCAUAAAUUCACUAAAGCACUGAAGGACAGCCAAGCAGAAGAGAAGGGCUCCGUGACCCUGCAAUGCGAGACUGCACAAACCCCAUCCACUGUGAUCUGGCUUAAAGGUCACACUGAGCUCAAGGCUGAAGGUCGAUAUGAGAUGUCCAAGAAGGGGGGGUUGUUAACUCUCACCAUCAAACAUUUGGAGGAGAAAGACACUGACAUCUACACCUGUGAUGUGGGCACUGCCAAGAGCAUGGCAAAGGUCACAGUCAAUGCCCUGCCAGCCAGUUUUAAAGAGAAGCUCAACAACCAAGAGAAGAACAAAGGGGAGACUGCCACACUUUGCUGCAAGUUAUCAAAACCUGCUGCUGAUGUUUGGUGGAAGAAAGGCUCUGAAAUUCUCAAAGCUGGAGGGAGGUAUGAGAUGAAGCAGAAGGAGACCUCUUGUGAGCUUUGGAUUAGGAAUUUAGGGGUUGAAGACAGUGGAGAGUAUUCUUGUGUGUGUGGGGACCAGAAGACCUCUGCAACUCUGAAAGUUACUGCAUUGCCGCCGACCUUCACACAGAAGCUGGAGAACCAAGAGGCUGAAGAGGGAGCCAAUGUCACUUUGCACUGUGAGCUCUCUGAAACUGGAGUCCCAGUGGAAUGGAAGAAGGGAACACAGGUCCUGAAGUCUGGAGAAAAGUACCAGAUGAAGCAGAAGGUCUCGGUGAACGAACUCCUGAUCAACAAAGUGUUGCCAGAAGACAGUGGAGACUACAGCUGUGUGUGUGGAGACCAGAAGACCACAGCCAGACUCAACAUUAAGGCCCAACCAGUGACCUUCAAACAGAAGCUGGAGAACCAGGAGGCUGAGGAGGGAGCUAACCUUACUCUGCGAUGUGAGAUCUCUAAACCUGGAGUCCCUGUUGAGUGGAAGAAGGGAACACAGGUCCUGAAGUCUGGAGAGAAGUACCAGAUGAAGCAGAAGGCCUCGGUGAACGAACUUCUUAUCAACAAAGUGUUGCCAGAAGACAGUGGAGACUACAGCUGUGUGUGUGGAGACCAGAAGACCACUGCCAGCAUUAAUAUUAAGGCCCAACCAGUGACCUUCAAACAGAAGCUGGAGAACCAGGAGGCUGAGGAGGGAGCUAACCUUACUCUGCGAUGUGAGAUCUCUAAUCCUGGAGUCCCUGUUGAGUGGAAGAAGGGAACACAGGUCCUGAAGUCUGGAGAAAAGUACCAGAUGAAGCAGAAGGCCUCGGUGAACGAACUCCUGAUCAACAAAGUGUUGCCAGAAGACAGUGGAGACUACAGCUGUGUGUGUGGAGACCAGAAGACCACUGCCAGCAUUAAUAUUAGGGCCCAACCAGUGACCUUCAAACAGAAGCUGGAGAACCAGGAGGCUGAGGAGGGAGCUAACCUUACUCUGCAAUGUGAGAUCUCUAAAGCCGGAGUCCCUGUUGAGUGGAAGAAGGGAACACAGGUCCUGAAGUCUGGAGAGAAGUACCAGAUGAAGCAGAAGGCCUCGGUGAAUGAACUUCUUAUCAAGCAAGUGUUGCCAGAAGACAGUGGAGACUACAGCUGUGUGUGUGGAGACCAGAAGACCACAGCCAGCAUUAAUAUUAAGGCCCAACCAGUGACCUUCAAACAGAAGCUGGAGAACCAGGAGGCUGAGGAGGGAGCUAACCUUACUCUGCGAUGUGAGAUCUCUAAACCUGGAGUCCCUGUUGAGUGGAAGAAGGGAACACAGGUCCUGAAGUCUGGAGAAAAGUACCAGAUGAAGCAGAAGGCCUCGGUGAACGAACUUCUUAUCAACAAAGUGUUGCCAGAAGACAGUGGAGACUACAGCUGUGUGUGUGGAGACCAGAAGACCACUGCCAGCAUUAAUAUUAAGGUUCUUCCAGUCAUAGUCGUUCGAGGCCUGGAGAGCCAGGAAGCUGAAGAAGGAGGUAGUGUCACUCUGCACUGUGAGCUUUCUAAACCUGGGCUUCCUGUCGAGUGGAAAAAGGAAACUCAAAUCCUGAGUUGUGGAGAAAAGUACCAGAUGAAACAGAUGGGAUUCAGUUAUGAACUACAAAUCUUUGAUUUGGGAUCUGGAGACACAGGAAGCUACUCAUGCUGUUCAGAGGACACAACAAGCUCAGCCUCUCUUGUAGUGAAUGCUGCCCCAGUUACUUUCACAAAAGAGCUUGAAAACCAAACGGCUGAUGAGGGGGACAUUGUAAGGCUGCACUGCGAGCUUUCUAAACCCGGUGUUCCUUUGGAGUGGAGGAAAGAAGAACUUGGUCUUUGUCCUUGUGCCAAGUAUGGCAUUAGACAGACAGGACAUCUGGCUGUACUAGUAAUUCAUGAUGUAGACCCAGAGGAUUCUGGGAGUUACACAUGUGACGCUGGGGACUGUCAAAGCACUGCACAUCUAGCUGUGAAGGCCCAACCUGUCCUGUUUAAAACCCAGCUGCAGAAUCUUAAAAGACAGGCAGGAGAAACUGUUAGUCUCCGCUGUGAGACCACAAAGCCAGGAGCCAGUGUGGUCUGGAGGUGUGGUGACAGGGUCUUGGCAUCCAGCAGCAAGUAUCACCUGAAACAGGAAGGAACCAUAGCUGAGCUUAUCAUCUAUAAACUGCAGGGAGCUGAUUCAGGAGAAUACUCCUGUGAUACAGGCAGCCAUAGGACUUCAGCUGUCCUCACUGUGCAGGAGGUCGAGGUUCACGUACUGAAAUUCUUGGAAAGCUGUGUGGUAUACGAAGGUGAAGAUGUCCGCUUUGAAUGUCUGGUUUCUCAUGAGGAGGCACCUCUGGCUCAGUGGAAACUCCAAGAUAUCCCACUGCAGAAUAAUGAAAUGAACCUGAUCACGACCGAGGGCCGAUUACACAGCCUCACACUCAGAGGUGUCACAAAAGCUGACUCAGGAACAGUCACUUUCACUGUGGGUAACCACACUUCCACUGCGUCUCUGACAGUCAGAGCUGCACCUGUACUGUUCAAAAAGGAGCUGGAAAGUCAAGAGGCCACUGAAGGAGACAAGACCACCCUAUCCUGUGAGACAUCGAGUCCAGACUGCAAGGUGACCUGGCUGAAGGGCUCAACUGUGCUCACUCAAGGAGAAAAAUACAGUAUUGAGCAGAGAGCUACUACUCACAUCCUGGUCAUACACAAGCUGACUGUGAAGGAUGCUGGAGAGUAUACCUGUGAUACAGGGGACAAGAGAAGCACUGCCUCCUUGACUGUGAAAGAGCAUGUGCGCAUCCUUCGAGAACUCUGCGAUGUUACUGUGACCACUGGGCAGGAUGCUGUCUUUGAGGUUGAGUUGUCACACUCGGGCGUGACAACCGGGGAAUGGUGGCUGGGUGACAACCUCCUCCAAAAUAACGAUCUGAAUCAAAUGAGCAGUCAGGGCAGAGUGCACCGUUUGCUCUUGAAGAUGGUGACCACAGAUGAAUCAGGGGAUGUUGCCUUCGUAUUGGGCGAAGAGAAGAGUGUGGCCUGUCUUCUAGUGGAGGAGAAACCCAAAGUGCUGAUACUAGAGAAGCCACAUAACACUUUGGCACUAGAGGGUGAAACUGUCACUCUAGCCUGCACCAUCUCUGACGCCAAGGCCACUCUCACUUGGAGAAGAAACAAUGUGGACAUCCAAUCAGGUCUCAAGUAUGACCUGAAGAGCAACGGAGCAUUUCACCAGCUUCGCAUCCACAGCCUGGUGCCUGAUGACUCAGGAACGUACACCUGUGACACAGGAGAUGCACAUUGUGACGUCACCUUGACUGUGGAAGGUGCCCCAACGUUCUUCCGCAAAGAGCUCAAGAACCAGGAUGCCAUAGAGGGUGAUGAUAUCACCCUGCGCUGUGAGCUGUCUAAGCCAGGUUUUCGUGUUGAGUGGAGGAAAGGAGGCAUCGUCCUCCAGCCCAGUAAGAAGUAUGAGAUGAAACAGGAAGGGUGCAUUCAAGAGCUCUGUAUACGAAACCUGGAGCCUGAAGACAGUGGCUACUACACCUGUGAUGCAGGAGACCAACUCACUACAGCUUCUUUGGCUGUGCAAGUGAAAGAAGUCUUCAUUGUGUGUGGUCUUAAGACCACGGACGUCUUUGUUGGGGAAUGGGCAACCUUCUCCUGCCAGCUGUCUGGUAGGGCACCAAACAAGGUGCAGUGGUGGCUGGAUGGCACCAUGCUGGAGAACAGCCCCUUUAGUGAGAUAGGACUGAGCCCAGGCCACAUCCACACGCUCACCUUAAAGAACCUGGCCACAGACGACUCUGGCACUGUCACAUUCAAAGCUGGCAGUUUAACAUCAACAGCCAAGCUCUUAGUCAAAGAUCCCACAGUUGAAGUGGUAAGCGAGAUGGAGGACCUUCGGGUGGUUGAAAACCAACCGGCUGAGUUCAUCUGCCAGUACUCAAGGCCGGUCAAAGCUCAAUGGAAGAAAGACGGGCAGCCAUUGCAGUCCGAUGGCCUAAGGGUGGUAGUGGAGCAGGACUGGAAUGUGGCUCGCUUGUAUAUUAGCCGCGUGUCUGCUGAGGACAGGGGCACAUAUUCCUGUGAGGCAGAGGGGACCUGCGUGGUUGCUUCGCUUCAUGUGGAAGCCAAACCCAUUGACAUUGUCCAAGGCCUGGAGAAUGUAGAGACCUUUGAUGGAGGUGAAGCGCUGUUUGAGUGUGCCCUCUCUCGUCCUGAGAGCAAAGAUUGCUGCUGGCUUCUUGAUGGGAAACCAGUGAAGGAAUCACAGAGUGCUGAGAUUGUGUCAUUUGAGAGUGGUCGUCGUCACUUGCUCCUGCUGAAGGAAUUGCGUAUUAAAGACAGUUGCAUAGUUACUUUCAAGGCUGGUACAGCAUCCACAUCUGCCCAACUCUCAGUCAAAGGCUGGCAACUGGAUGUUGUGAAGGGUCUUGAAGACAAGGUGGCUGCAGUGGGAGAGACAGCUGAGUUUUGUGUUGAGCUCACUGAGCCUGUCCCUGCUUCAGAAGUAGCCUGGUAUGCUAAUGGAGUUGAGAUCAGGCCCAGUGACCUCUGGACUAUGAGGGCUGAUGGCUGUUCUUAUCGCCUUGUCUUGAGACAGGCGCCUCUGUUGCCACAGCAGGAAAUUACAUUUGCUGCUAGAGAUGCUCUCUCUUUGGCCAAGCUCACCAUCAUCACUGUACCUGAUCCUCCAGAGGACCCUGAGGUCCUCAGUAAGACUAAACAAGCUGUCACCCUCUCUUGGUUCACUCCCUUACAUGAUGGAGGGAGUCCUAUUCUGGGCUACAGGGUGGAGAUGCGGCUUGUAGACAGUGCCCUCUGGCUCCCUUGUCAUUCUGAACCUGUGUGCAACACAGAGUUUGUGGUUGAAAAUCUUAACCUAGGAAGUGGCUACAGGUUUAGAGUGGCAGCCAUCAACAGAGCUGGGAUUGGAGAGCCUGUUGAGUUGCCUCAGACUGUGCAACUUGAGGCAGCCUUGCAGGCAGUUUCUUCAGUUGUAGGUAAAGAGGAAAAACAGGUAGAGAUUGAGAAACUGGGACAGCCCAGUCUGCCCCCGGAAGCUGCUGAAGAAGGUGAUCUUCAUGACCUGUGGGAGGAAUUGGCCAAGAAGCGGCGCAUGAGUCGAGAGCCCACCCUGGACUCUAUCUCUGAACAACCUGAGGAGGACGGUAAAGGAAAGUCUGCAGAGAAGGAGCUGAAGGAGGCAGAGAAAGUAGAAAUAAAAUCAGGGGAGAAGGAGCAGGUCAUUGUGCCAAAGAAGAAGCUCACGGAUUCCAACUUGUGCACCAGCUCUGAGGAUGAGUCUGUUUCUGGCGGUUCAACACUUGUGUCCUAUCUCAAGAAAAGCAGCAAGUCUACUGUCACAACCACGAGCGAGUCAGAGGCUCUGACCACUGAGAGGUUCUUUGCUCAUUUCCAGAUGGCAGAGCAGAAAACAGUGCAGAAGACUGAAGUUCAAACGACCACAAGCCAGCAGACAAGUGAAAAACAGGUGUCCACGGACAAGACUGAAAUCAUGGAGAUCAGUAAGGAGGAUGAGCCUGAGCUCAGAGAGGCUGCCAUUAAGAUUCAGGCUGCCUUCAAGGGCUACAAAGCUCGCAAAGACAUGCGCCCUGUCUUUAAAGAGGUCUUCAAAGACCAGACCAAAGAACCUAAUGGCACUAUACAUCUUGAAUGUGUGGCAGAAGGGAAGCCUGAUAAGGUGCAGUGGCUGAAGGAUGGAGAACCACUGACAGACGGUAAACACCACCAUAUUGAUAUUUACAAUGAUGGCACUUGCUCACUGGUCAUCACUGCUGUCACCACAAAGGAUACUGGGGUUUACACUUGUGAGGUCACAAACAAGUUUGGAGUCUCAUCUCACAGUGGUAAGGUCACAGUAGGAACGGCGAGAGAAUCAUCUGGGCGGCGACCACUGACGGUGGGUUAUAGCGCCGACAGCGAGGCUGAGAGCUCCUCAGGCAGUGAGCUGGAUGAGUCACUGAGGCAGGCAAGCAGACGUCUCCGCCGCCUGCUGCGCACACGUCUCCCACCAGAUGUUGAGGAAGAACCAUUUGUCAGCGCAGAUGAAGGAGACCUGCGUCCCCCAGAUCCCCACUCUUACCGGGAGGAUGACACUUACAUCUAUAUUCGCUUUGAUUCACGGACUGAGGCUGAGGUUGCCUCAAAGAGGUUCCAGGAGAUGUUUACAAUCCAUGGGGUUCCUGUGGAGACCACUAUCUUGGAAGCAGGGCAUCUCAAAGUGGAGCUGCGAAUUAGAAAGAUGGGCUACACACAAGAUGGCACACAGACCCCGACUCAAGAUAGACAGACUCCUGCAUUGAUGGCUGGAGCUCCAGCUGCCCCAGUGUUCUUGACAGAGCUACAAAGUCAGGAUGUUCCAGAUGGUUAUCCAGUCAGCUUUGACUGUGUCGUGAUUGGCAAGCCCCCUCCCACCAUUCGCUGGUAUAAGGAUGGCAAACUGCUGGAGGAGAAUGACCAUUAUAUGAUCAAUGAAGACCUGGAAGGCUGCCACCAACUCAUCAUUACCUCUGUGUUGCCCACUGACAUGGGUGUCUAUCGCUGCACAGCUGAAAACAGCAGCGGCAUUGCAGCCACUAAGGCUGAACUCAGGGUUGACAUGUCUUGCAGCUCAGAUUAUGACACUGCUGCUGAUGCCACUGAGACAUCUUCAUAUGUCAGUGCCAAGGGCUACAUGUCCAGAGAAACGGAGACAUUUGAGUCUGUAGCUGAAGAUGAUCAGCUACCACAAGUUGUGGAGGAGCUUCAUGAUGUUCAUGUCAGUCCAGGUUCACCUAUUGCUAAAAUGCAGCUCAAAGUAAAGGGCUUCCCCAAACCCAGAGUAUACUGGUUCAAAGAUGGCCAACCUCUGCGACCUUCAGAGAGGAUUCUUUUGUUAGCAGAAAGAGAUGUUCAUGGUGUGGAGAUCAUGGGGGUGAAGAGAGAGGAUAUGGGGGAGUAUUCUGCCUACAUCAGCAAUGUGGCUGGCUCUGCUUACUCCUCUGCCCGACUGAUUGUUCUGAGUCCAGGGGAGAUUAUGCCGCAAGAUAAACGAGACCCCAAGGAGCCCCUGGUGCCACCCCGUUUCCUUGAAAGGUUUAGCAACAGGAAGGUGAAACAAGGAGCAAGCAUCACUCUGUCUGUCAAAGUCGAAGGUUCCCCCACACCUAUGGUCUCCUGGCUAAAGGAGGAAACAGUGGAAGAUGUCCUGUGGAUCAAGCCUGAUACCAAGGGAUACAAAAUUGCAAGCUCAGGGCGCCAGCACAGCCUCAUUUUGAUGGAUGUUGGCACAGAAUACACCGGUGCCUACACCUGUAUUGCAACAAAUAGGGCAGGACAGUCCAUCUGCACUGCCCAUCUCGAGGUUGAUGAUACACCACAGCCAAAGAAAGAGACCAAAGCCUCAGAGGUUCUUGGGAUUACAGUUAGUCCUCCAGAAGAGGAGACUAACAGAGGAAAAGAGGCUAAAAUCCCCUACCUAGGUGAAGUAGGUACAGAGGAAUUCCUCAUGAAACUCACCUCCCAGAUCACUGAAAUGGUAUCAGCAAAGAUUACCCAGGACAACUUACAGAAUCAAGAAGUGCUCCAGUGGAUGAAAACUUGGCCCAAAACCACCACUUCAUUACGUGUACCAGGUAUCGACAGUGAUGAUGAGACCAAGACCCCAUCUCCAUCACCUCAUCACGGUCGCUCUCGACCGCCCUCCCUCAUUGCUGACUCCUCCUCUGAAUCUGAUGAGGGCGAUGCCAGGGGAGAGAUGUUUGACAUCUAUGUGGCAACUGCUGACUACAAUCCUACCAUAGCGAGCAAAGAAUCCAUCUCUCUGAAGGAGGGACAGUACGUUGAGGUUUUGGACUCCGCUCAUCCACUCAAAUGGUUGGUGAGGACCAAACCCACCAAAACAACACCAUCCCGCCAAGGCUGGGUCUCACCCGCCUACCUGGACAAGAAACUCAAACUCUCUGCUGACACAACUGACCUUCCAGAAACAAGCGUUGAGGAGGUGUCUGAGGGUGAAUACAAGAGGAAAUUAUUCCAAAUGAUCCAAGACCUGGUAAAUGGUGAAUCAGAGUUUGUAAAAGAGAUAGACUUCUUUACCUCCCAUCACCUGAAGCAUGCACACAGCCCUGAUGCACCACCUGAGGUCACAAGCCAGAAGGACACCAUAUUCAGGAACGUUGAUGAUAUCAAGUCCUUCCAUAGCAAGACAUUCCUCCCAAAGUUGAAUGACUGUGAAACAGAUGAUGAUGUGGCCAUGUGCUUCCUGAAGAGUAAGGAAGGCUUCGAGAAGUACCUCCAGUAUCUUGUUGGUCAGGGUCAGGCUGAAUCUGCUGUCAGUGAUAAGACCGUCCACCGCUUCUUCAAGGAGUACACUGAAAAAGCACAAGCCAGUGCAGACCCCGCAGAUCCCCCUGUGCGCAGCAUUAACGCCUGCCUCCAACAGCCACUGGAAAGGAUUCAGAAGUACAAGGCUGUCCUCAAGGAGCUCAUUCGAAACAAGGCAAGAAAUGGCCAGAACUGCUGUCUACUGGAAGAAGCGUAUGCCAUGGUGUCUGCGCUUCCUCAGCGCUCUGAGAAUACCCACCAUGUCUCCAUGAUCGAGAACUAUCCUGCCACGCUGGAAGUAUUGGGAGAACCAAUUAGACAGGGACCCUUCCAAGUGUGGGAAGGGGCUCCAGGAAUUAGGACGUCCUCUAGAGGUCACCAUCGUCACGUCUUCCUGUUUAAGAACUACUGUAUAAUCUGCAAACCCAAGAGAGACAGCAACACUGAUACACAAGCAUAUGUCUUUAAGAACAUGAUGAAGUUGAACAACAUUGAUGUGAAUGAAACAGUGGAGGGUGAUGACCGCGCCUUUGAGAUCUGGCAUGAACGGGAGGACUCAGUGAGGAAAUACACCCUGCAGGCCCGAACUGUCAUCAUCAAGAACUCAUGGCUGAGAGACCUUAGAGAACUGCAGCAGCGAUACAGCGUGCCUGCAUGGAGUCCUCCUGACUUUGAUGAAAUUCUGGCAAACUGCACAGCAGAGCUCGGACAGACGGUUAAACUGGCCUGCAAAGCCACUGGAGUACCCAAACCCAAAGUCACUUGGUACAAGGAUGGACGUACUGUGGAGGCAGAUCCACAUCACAUCAUUAUUGAAGACCCUGAUGGUUCCUGCACUCUGAUCUUGGAUAAUAUGACAGCAGAUGAUUCUGGCCAGUACAUGUGCUUUGCGACAAGCUCAGCUGGCACUGCCAGCACUCUUGGCAAGAUUACCGUUCAGGUGCCUCCUCGUUUUGUGAAUAAAAUGAGGAAUGCUGUAUUUGUUGCUGGUGAGGAUGCUCAAUUCACAUGCAUCAUACAGAGCGCCCCCAGUCCCAAGAUCAGGUGGUUCAAGGAUGGCAGGCUGCUGACUGACCAGGAAAAGUAUCAGACUUACAGCGAGACCCGUAGUGGGGUUCUGGUCUUGGUAAUCAAAAACCUGACAGAGAGAGACCUGGGACACUAUGAGUGUGAGUUGUCCAACCGUCUGGGCAGUGCCAAGUGUGCGGCUGAUUUAGUUCCACCCUCUGCCAUGGCUCGAACUGGUGAGCAGGCCAUCACUAUUGAAGUUACUGAGCAGGAGACUAGAAUCCCAAAGAAAACCAUCAUCAUCGAGGAGACUAUAACCACUGUGGUGAAGAACCCACGCAUGAGGAGGCACAGGUCCCCUGGCUUGACAGUUGCUGGAGCACACCGCUCAGAGACCUCCACCCCAGAGCCUCCUACAGCUAGGCCGAGGAGGGUGCCCACUCCGAGAAAGACCACCAUCCCAACCCUUUAUGUUACUGAACCAGAGGGGGCUGAAGCCAGGGCCAUGGAGAGCAAACCCAGGUGGGUUGAGGUAGAGGAGGUCAUCGAGUAUAAGGUCAAUAAAUCCCCCAGGCUGCCCAGGAGGAGAGGCAUUUCACCAGCAGGGUCUGAUCGCGCAGCCACUCCCUCCAGGCCCAGAAGGUCUCCACCAGAAAACCCAAAUGUGAACAAUUCCAACAACAAGUUGGUGGAGCAGGCCCAGCUGCAGGGAGAGGUCAGCAGCCAGCAGCUCUCCUGGGAAGAAGAGGAGGGUCAUGUCAAUUCUGGUUCUGUCUCUGGAGUUACUGGAGAGCCACAGGAGCUCUCAUCUGUCCUCACUCCAGCUGGAGAGGACAGCGAGGACCAGGACGAUCAACAAACUGUCAUCUUUGAACCCAGUGACGAAGAUGAUGAUUGUAACUCGUUCAGAAAGCAGGAGCCUCAGAUUCUGACACAAGGAGGUCGGAUCCUCACCCUCGAAGACUUGGAGGAUUACAUCCCAGAAGAAGGAGAGACCUACGGCUCCUCCUGCACCCACAACCCUGCUGCAGAUAAGCCCUGUGAGAUCUCUGUGCUCCAGAGGGAGAUCGGCGGAUCUGCAGUAGGACAGCCGGUGCUCCUUAAUGUAGGGCGGCCAGUCGUGGCCCCGAGGCAGAGGAGCGGCUUCUUCAGUCGCUUCAGGGAACAUCUUUCCAGCAGCCUUUUCUCAUCUGCUGUCCCCCAAGAAAGCGGAGGCCCAUCAAGGACGGAAAGAUACGUCCCCAUCCCGGUGAGCCACGCUAAACUGGAAGUGAAGCCUUCAUAUUGCUCAGAGGUGCAGAGAGUCGAAGGUGGGCAGCAGAGCUUUAAAACCAAAGUGUCAACUCAGACCUAUGGCUACACAUCAGUGGGCAACCCUGUCACUCUUCAGAUCAGUGACGACCUUUAUCAGGACUAGUAGUAGUAAACUAAAGUAGUAAUCUAAAUUUGGUACCACAAACCCUAUUAGUCUUAAUUGGGGACAUUUCUGCUUAAAUGAUGAAUGAGACAUAUCCUAACCUAAGUAUCCUAAGUAUAUUUACUGCAUUUGACAAACCAUUCCAUUUUGAAGCUUACAAUCAGAAAAUAGGCUCAUCCUCUGGGUCUUUUUCUUGACAAAUGGUUAGAGUCAGAUGGUCUCUUUGGACUAGGUGAGUUGGAAAGUUGCAGUCACUGCUCUGUUACAACUGCUUUAUGACACAUGUGUGGUAUGUGCUGUGUAAUAUAUAUAGUGGACAGAAAUCAGGAAGAUUUUACUGAUGAACAAUUUCAUUUUCUGUUCAGUUUAAUUUUGUUUGAAAGGAAUGUUUGACUUGUGCAUACCUUCGCAAAAUCAUGAAUCUUGACACACCACUAUUAACUGAUCCAAACAUUAUUGUUAGUAGAGUCUCAUAAAAUAACAAAUAAGAGUAUGAUUAGCUAAGAAUAUUUUUUUUUUGGUUUUACUUUUGUACUUUUCCAAAAAAUGUUGCCUUUUGCACAUUUGCAGUGCCUUAAAGUCCUGGAGCAGCAAAUGUUGACGUUAAUGAGAACUGAUGAGGUCAAAAUCAAACAUAAAGUUCUCUACUACUUCAGUUGUUUAUGGGUGAUUUAUGCAUUUGACUGCAUUUACGUCACUUAUCAUUGUGAAACAUGUUUUUACCAUUAAUUGUGAACUGAAUGUUUCUCUGCUUUUUAGACAUUUUUGUGUCUGUUAAUGCAGUGCAAUUACCUGUAAAUUCACAGGAUAUCACAGGAAUAUUCAUGAGUAAGCGACAGAUAUUUAGACGAGUGACUGCAUGUAUUUGCUUUCCCGAAACCAGAUGUGUAAACCUGGAGUAACCAGAUCUGUAAUGUUGUCUGACUUUUGACUGCAAGGAAAUGUUUAUGCAAAGUUCUUGAGCUCACAGCAUUUGCUACCUUUUUACUGCUAUUUAAAAAGUGCGUAGAAUACAGUAACUGUCCCCUUAAAGAUUUGUGGUGUUGUGUUGAAGUCAGUUACAAUGAUCAUGUUAUGUAUUAAUAUUAAAGCACUAACGGAUUGUAAUUGCUUGUACUGUACAUGUGUAGCUUUUAGAAACAUGUUUGCAUACUGUGUUACUGUGUUAAAUCUAAAUGAAAUAAAUGUACCGCAAAUAGUAA